CCGCAUAAACUGUGUGCUCCCAUCCACCUGCACUAUAAACAGCAUGUAUCAGCAACACCAUGACCCGAAACAUGCACUAAGCCACCUUACCAUGUCUGGCAUAGGUUUCUUAGUGAAACUGCCGUGCAAGAAGAAGAGGGAAAGGUCUGGAUCCAGCAAUGCCGUGAGGGAACUGUUUGGAGCCUACCGCGUGCGGCAGAUGGCCACCGCUCCAGCUCCAGCCCGCAUGGCUCACAAUCCCCAGCAUCUGCGGCAGACAGUGAAGCCCAAGAAAGCCCCACAG